AGCACACUCACGAUUGCAUACACAAGAUGGCGGAUCUACCUCCACCGUUGCAGGGGCCAACCGCAAAGGAGAAGAAGUACGACCGACAGCUGCGCCUGUGGGGAGCUACUGGGCAGCUUGCGCUUGAGAAAUCGCAUAUUCUGCUCAUCAACAACGGGCCCGGAGUCGUUGGUACCGAGAUGCUCAAGAAUCUCGUCCUGCCUGGUGUCGGCCAAUUCACCAUCCAAGACUCCGCUGUCGUCACCGAGGCAGACUUGGGGGUGAACUUCUUCCUUGAAGACCAGCAUCUUGGAGGCUUCCGUGCUGAGCACACCGCAAACCUCCUCAAAGAGCUGAACCCUGACGUUGAGGGCUACUCCAUUACAGAGCCUGUUGAAUCAUGGCUCGGCAAGCCAGACGCUCUCCAGCCGUACACGCUUAUCGUCGCCACUGCCCCGAUCCGUUCUGAGCUGCUCGCAAAGCUCUCUGAUCACGCAAGCGCAGCGCUGAUUCCGCUCUUCUACGUUCAUUCGGUCGGCUUCUACUCGCGCUUCUCGGUACACGUACCGCCUGCCUUCCCCAUCGUCGAUACACACCCAGACAUCGAGACCACUACAGAUCUACGAUUGCUGAAGCCAUGGCCUGAACUCAUCGAGUUUGCAGAGCAGAAGACUGCGAAUCUCGACAGCAUGAGCCCCGACGACCAUGGACACGUACCGUACCUCGCGGUGCUGUUACAUUACUUAGAAGAAUGGAAAAAGACAAACGAGGGCAAGGUACCACAGACCUACAAGGAGAAGAUAGAGUUCAGGACGAUUGUAUCACAGGCGGCGAGAACAGACACCCCUGAGGGUGGAGAGGAGAAUUUCGACGAGGCAGUCGCUGCUGUCCUGAAGUCACUGAACCCUCCAGAAGCCAGCAGCUCGGUCAAGGAGAUAUUUCUUGCUCCAGAAUGUGUCGCCAUCAAAGAAGAUUCACCUUCGUUUUGGGUGAUUGCAAAUGCUCUCGGACUUUUCUACACCAAGUACGGCGUACUUCCAGUGCCGGGGGCCGUGCCGGACAUGAAGGCUCGCUCGAAGGACUACAUUCAGCUUCAGAAUGUGUACAAGUCGAAGGCGAGAAAGGAUCUCGCGGAGGUGCUAGAGAGUGUCCGAUUUAUCGAACGCAAUGCCAACCGAAGCAUACCCAUCGAUGAGACGGACAUCGAGGCAUUCUGCAAGAACGCAGCACACAUCAAGCUGGUGCGUGGGCGGCCGUUUCAUGUAGUUCGGGCUGGGCAGAAGGUUCAGUGGGGCGACAGGGCAAGGUCUCUCGCACAAGAACUCACAUUUGAUGGUUCUUUGCUCCCACUGUACAUUGCGUUCCUGGCGUGGGACGAGUUCACCGCGACACACGACAAAAAUGCACUAGGUGGCGCACCGCAAGCCCCAGGUGAGACAGAUGCGGACACAGACGCCGAGAAGCUUACUGGCAUUGCCUACAAGUUCGUGGACGAUCUGAUCAAUGAAGCCAAGACCCAUGUCCAAGACCCAGAGUACUCAGCGAUCAAGACAAGGGUUGGAGAGUUCGCGCAGGAGUUCGCUCGUGCCGGUGGAGCUGAGCUACACAACAUUUCCGCUCUGACCGGUGGUAUCGUGUCGCAGGAAAUUAUCAAGGUCAUCACCGAGCAGUACAUCCCCGUUGACAACACAUGCGUCUUCGAUGGCGUCAAGAGCAAGAGCGCGGUUUUCAAGAUCUGAGAGCUCCGGUCAAGCCUAGGCUUACAUUUUCAUAAAUCUACGAACAAGAUCUCGCAGAGAUGGAACAACGAGUACCAGGGGACACCUGCAGCUAGAGACGACUCACAAGCUGAGCAGCUCUGAGACGUGUGUAGUACAUAGGUGGCAUGAUAGGUAUGACAAUACCGCAACGACGACAAUGACAACAAUGACAACAAUGACUAAACGAAAGCAUG